CUUUUGUUGUUGUUGCCGCUGCUUGUAAACAAAAAAUUACUCGCUGCUGUCGUCUAGAUGCAUAAUUAACAAAUGCCGCUGUAAAAAAUGGAAAACAAAAAGGACAUCUACAACCUGUGGGUGCAGUAUACAACAAAAAAUGACGAGACGUACUUUCGUGAGUUUGUCUCACGUUUUGUGGAAAUUUGGCACAGUCAGCUGCAGCUAGACUUCCAAGCCGAGAAUUGUCCGCUGUGGCAUGAGGUAUUGCCGGACAAUGGGCCACAUUUGGGACGACUGCCGGAUGAGCUGCUGCCCGCCAUUGGCAAGUUUAUUAUUGUGGCACGCGAUGCUAGCGACACAGACACACUCGAUGAGCAGGGCUUGGAACAGGUGGCCAUAUUAAUAGAGUGUCUGGUGAUUGUGUGCCGACACUUUGAUAACAUUUUGGCCAUCAUUAAAUAUGAGUAUAAGCCCAAUCUAAUCGCUAUAUUGACUAAGGUAUUCAAGCAGCAAAUGGAGCAGCGUCGCGUUAGCUCGGCAGUGGCACAUCUAUUUCGCAGCUUUGCUUCAUUUCUGGAAGUCAUGUAUGAUCCUUAUCUGACCUGGCGCAGCUUUCUGCGUGGUGAGCUGGCUGACUAUAGUCGCUUGCCAUACAAGCCGCAUGCCGUGCAUGUGGAAAUUGUGCCCUUUAUCUAUGAUUGUUUUCAACAUGAGGAACUGCUUAGGUUUCCAGCGAUUGGUGAGAGUCUACUGCAUAUUCUAGGCGCUGUUAUCUGCGGCUCUCAGCGCAAUGGCAUGCGCGCCAUUUGCCCCGCCACGGUGUCCAUCAUCAUGCGCAUACUGCAGCAAUGGGAGAGCGCCAGCAGUCUACGCCGCAUAGCGCUCAAUUGUUACGCCUUGAUGGUUAUUGUCUUGCAAAAAUCUAGUCCAGAAGAACGCCAAAUAGACUUAGUUACCUUAAUACAACUCUAUUGUGAUGCACUGCAGCAGCUGCUGGCUACCAAGCAAUUUGACAGCGGCGCCGCUAGCUUUGAUAUAACCAGUGAUGCCGACAAUGACAUGACCAUUGAUAUGAACGCAUUGGCUGCCAGUGUGGCUGCUGUGCAGCUCUUUUUGCAAAACGGCAGCGCUAAGGCUACAGUAAGCGAGGCCAUUGUGGAGACCAAUCUGCUGGAGCUGUUGACAAAUUUGCCAGAGAGCAUUAAGCAUUGGCAUGUGUCGCACACCAGCGCCUUGAGCAGCAACAUGAAUGCAUUGGCUGCUUUGACGGAAUGCUCAGCACGCAGCGCAGAUCUGUUGCGCUUUGGCGGACGCAUUGAGCGACUGUUUGGCAGCAUGCGCGAAUUUGAAGCGCCCAGCAUAGGUUUGCUUGAAGCCUGUUUUAACUUGGGCUACAAUGCGCAGCAGCAUGUGCUAACAUUGCCUGAGGUGAUGCUGCAGCUGCUCGAGUGGCUGCCAGAGCUGCAAGAGCCAGAGCAGCUGCAUGUGAGUCAAAUGCUGCUCAAGGGCUGCACUGAUAACUAUGGCACCAAAACUGUUGCCUGUGAAAGUCUUGUGGUUAAAGCUGUUUGUGCUUGUUUGCUGCAUGGCGCUACACUAAGCGAGCCUUGCGUGCAGCAGCUUAUCAAACUCAUUGAGGAGCUUAGCAAGCUGAGCAUUGUGCCUGCGGAGCUGAAGUGCAUUCUAGCGCUGCUACGUGAGGGCUCAACGUUUGCGCACUUUAAGCAGCUGCAGCAGACGCUUGUUGUCAUCGCUUUGCAGAGUCUACGCGGCAGCAAUUGUUGCGCACAGUAUUUUGCCAUUGAGCAACCAGCCGAUGGCAUUCAAGUGCCCGACAUUAGAAACUGGACACUCUCUGGCUCUUAUGGCUUCAUCUUUCAUAUGCUAGUGCGCUUUAAUCCUUGGCAGCAGUCCGACUCCAGCACACGACGCAUGCUGCUAACGCUGCAAACAGGUAGCGGCAUUGGCUUUGAAGUAUUUGUGCAACCCAGCGGCAAUGUAGUUGUUGCUGCUUUGACGCGUCGCGAGUAUCUUACCACGGCUACGGCUACCAAAACACUGCUGGAUGGCCAGUGGCAUUAUCUAACUGUAGCCAUAACGCCGCCUAAGCGUCCCUUCUCCUACAGUCAGAUCAACAUCUAUGUGGACUUUGUGCAGAAACUCAGCGCUACGCUCAAGGUGCAGGCGGUUAAUGAGCCCUUUACUGUAUGCGCUAUUGGCGCUGUGGUGGCGCCUGCACCCAAAGCUAGUGAAGUAAGCAAAAGCGGCACGUUGCCACGCUCUUCCUCACAGGAGACUGGGCCUGUCUACAAGGGCUUGCUGCCUGGACUGCUGGAGCGCACGCUAUCGGCCAAUGUAUCCAACUAUUUUACGCUGCCCAUGCGCACACAAACCGCCUUCGAUCCGAAUGUCAAGAACUUUCCCAUUGGCAUGCAGGACACAGUGUUUGGCGAGCAGGUUUGCCUGCAGGGCCAACUGGGCGGUGUGCUGCUGGCAGAGCCCACUACCAGUCUGAAGACCAUAUUCGAUGCCGGCAUGAACUUUAGCUCAAUUUUCUCGCAGGACAAUGAUUUGUUUGAGCUGAAUUCACGUUUUGUGUUUUGUUAUGCGCCUGGCGCGGUGUGGCAUGGCGCUUGCCAGGAUCUAAUACCAGGUGGGCGCUUUCCGGGCAAGAUAAGCGCGCGUCACUGCAAAACCAGCAAGAUGCAGGACACCAUCAAUAGCGUGGGCGGCAUAAAUGCUGUGCUGCCAAUGCUGCAUCGACUGCUGAAGCAGCAGCCGGAGGAUUGUCUGAGCAAUGUAAGCGAAGAGUGCGCAACGCCUACGCCGCAGUCAGUCAAAACGCCCACGGCGGAGGAGCUUACUGAUUGGGAGCUGCUCUCAUCCAACUCUUACGCUGAAUGGAAAAUGAUACAGUCGCCGCUGGCCAGUCUGCUGUGCCUGCUGCGUUACCUAACUCAAGAGCAUGAGAACAAUCAGCAGCAGCUGCUCAGCAGCGACUGUUUGGCCAUUAUGGGCACCAUGCUGCAACGUUGUCCGCCCGCGCUGUUUGAUGUCAACGCACUGAUGGCCACGCAUUUGCUGAUGGAGUCGCUGCAGGCGCACAAGAGCAGCAGCAGCGAGGGCAACUCACAGCUGCUGGAGGCGCUCUAUGCGCACAUAGUCUUCGACUUUGCUAUAUGGUCGCGUUUGCAGUUCCAAAUUACGCUGGGACAUGCGCAGUAUUUGAGUGCCAUGAUUAAGAACGAUCGCAAGUACUUUAGGCGGCGCUAUGGCAUACAGUUUAUGCUGGAUGUGGUGCGUCAGUUUUAUGGCACGCCGGACAGCAUUUGCGCGGAGGAUGCGCGCACCAUACGCGCCACGCUGUUCGCCAUUGUGCGUUUCUAUUUGCAAAAGGAUGUGAACAUAAAGGAGGUGAAUGCCAUAGUGGCAUUUAUGGCUGCAGUGCGGCAGGAGUCGGUGCUAGUGGAGUUUCUGGAGAUGCUGACGUUCUAUGUGCGCGGCAAGAACUGCAAGGAUCAGAUGGUGCUGCUGCUGCACGAGCCACAAAGCGCCAAUCUAAUCUACAACUUUUUCGUGGACAAAAGCUACAGCAGCGAGCUGCAGGAGGCGGCCAUAAGACUGCUCAGCGGUUUGCUGGCCACAUCGCGUGUGCAGCAGAAGUACAAACAGGUGCUGCGUCUAUACGAUGCCAGCAACGAGCAGAGCAUGUUUCCUGGCUUCUUCUCCUUCAUAACGCCCAUGUCGCUAAGCUCUACUAUACUUUUCCAUCUGGCCGACGAAAUGCUGAGCGCACAGCCCGACUAUGGCGGGCUUAUGUUUCUGGUGUAUCAUGUGAGCAGCUGUGAGCUGCAGGUUAAGCUGGAAAUAGCCAAGCGGCUGCUGCAGACCACGUUUGUGAAGCAGCAGUCCACAGCGGCCAUUGCGCGCCAGACAGGCUGGCAGGAGUCCAUAGCGCGUUUGCUCAUACGCAAGCCCAUUACAAGUUUGCCCACGGAUGAGGAGAAGCGACGCAGCUUUGGCAUUACUAUGGACGUGCUGCUGGAGGAUAAUUCGAGUCUCUUGGCGCAGGCGGAUCUCAUAAUCUUCUCUGAAACUGAAAUUGGCUUGGCGCAGCUGCAGCAGCAACAGGCGCAGCAGCAGCAGGAGCAAAGUGAAAGUGGACUCAUAUUGAAUGAAAUACAAGCGAGCGUCACAGAGGCAGCCACAGUUAUAGAAAGCGAAAUUAAAGAGCUUGCCGAGUCUGUCUCAGAGGCAGUGGAGGAGAAAGUGCACAGCGUGUUCUCAGUGCUGCGUCAGACCACGCAUGAUCUUCAAGACACAUUUGAGUCGCUUACACUGGGCAGCUCCACAGAUACGGAGCAGGCAAGCAGCGCGCCUCAGCUGCCGCCACGUGAUGAAAGCUUAAGCUCGGGCAGCUCGACGCCCUCGCCUAUAGCACAAAUCAAGAAACAAGAUUCGCUGAGCUCAGCAUUUGACUUUGUAGCUGAGGGCGAUGUGGAUAGCGAGGAGCAGCUGGUUUAUUUGGUUUCCAACACGCUGUUCAACAUUUUCUGGCGCGGCAUAGGCAAUGAGCAUCCGCAGUGCUGGCAGGAACGUGGUCAAGUGCUGGGCUGCAUUAAUUUGCUGGCGCUGAACAAUGAACUCAUCACUUCGCAUUUGUCGCUGCGUUUGCGCAUCUUGGAAAUGGCGGUGCAGGCAUCGCUGUUUGAUUUAUCCGAACAUGGCAGCCAGACGCUCAUCAAUCAGGAGAACGCUUCGCAUAUACUGCGCAUGGUCUACGAGCUGGUGGUGCUGGGCUCCAACGAAGACGAGUCCAAGAAGUGCUCGACCAAGCUGCUGGAUGGCGUGUUGGCUUUGCUGGAUGCGCUUAUGAUAUUCCAACAGGGCUCCUCCGACGAUUGGUCGGACAUGAUACGUUUGUGCUUGGGCUUGCUGCUCAAGUGCUCGCAUCAUCCGAAUCCUGGCAUUGUGGCCAUGGCAACGGCCAAACUGCAUGCCAUACUGCAGAGCAGAGCUACAGAGGAUCCUGCUGAGUUGUCCUACCUGCUGUACAGCAUAAACAGAGCGCUGGACAAUGCCAUAGAGGUGGGCAACCCAGAGGAGUACUCCUUUCUUAUGCCUGUGAUGAAGGCGCUGCUGGAGAAAUGUCGCGCUGCCUUCAAUCUCGACUCGACGCUGCCGGAUUUGCCCUCCACCUCGGCGGGCCCUGUGUUCUUCAAUGACUUUCAAAUGUACAGCACCAGCAAGAAGUGGCGCAACUUUAUGGAGCGCAUGGUCAAGCCGUUAUAUGAUCGCUACCAGCGUGAAAUUGAGCUGCAUCUGUGGGAACCCAUCAAUCGCUACUGGGCCGAGUGCUACGAAGCCUGCAAAGCGGCGUCCAAGCAACGGGCGAGCUACCAGGCCAGCAAUCGACGCGUGUUUCAGCAAAAGAUCUACAUGCCCUGGAAGCUGCGUCAGGUGGAGGAGAUGCAGCGACUGCAAAAUGCUGCACUGCAGCAGAAAACCAGCGACAGUCACAUACGGAAGAAAUGGAAGACUGCAAAGCGUUUUCUGUACGGCCCUCGAGGUCCCUGGCACACCGGUGAACUUGCUGAGCAGUUCUGGAAGCUUUCGCCGCACGAGAAUGUGGCGCGCAUGCGUCUGAAGCUGGAGCCACAGCUGUACCCCAACAAGCAUGAGAACGCCGCCAAUCUGCGGGACAAUGCGACCAAUGCAUAUGAUGCAAAAGAAAUAUGCGAGUUUGAUUCCACUAUUAAGAAUGCGGUGGUGCGUGACUUUUUGGCUGACGAUGAGAGCUCACAGCUGGAGGAGGAGCUGCGUCAGCUGAUUGACACACAAUCGCAGCAGGAUGCAGCGCUGGAGAAAUUGGUUAUGUCGCAGGACUGCGAGUUGAUAACGCUGAUGACCAAAGUGAAGGGACGCAUUGAGGUUAACCAAAGCGUGUUUACCUUUGUGGAUCUGAGUCCAGCUUCCGAGGAUGGCUCCAAGCAUGACUUUAGGUUUUCUAUUAAUAAAAUACGUGAGGUGCAUUUGCGCAAAUAUAAUUUGCGACGCAGUGCGCUGGAAAUCUUUCUAAUCGACCAGACCAGCUACUUUCUCAACUUUACCACAAAGACGCGUAAUAAGGUGUUCACCAAAAUUGUGGGUCUGCCGCUGCCCAAUAUACUGUAUGGCUCUGGACGCUCGCCACCUGAACUGCUAAGAGCAUCCGGCUUGACGCAGCGCUGGAUGAAUCGUGAAAUAUCCAACUUUGAGUACUUGAUGUACCUGAACACCAUUGCAGGCCGCUCCUAUAAUGACCUUAGUCAGUAUCCCGUCUUCCCCUGGAUUCUAGCGGACUACACCAGCGAUGUGCUGGAUCUAACAGAUCCCAAAUCCUUUAGAGAUUUAUCCAAGCCCAUAGGCUGCAUUAAUCCCAAGAAUGAGGCGGAGGUGCGCAGCAAAUACGAUUCCUUUGAAGAUCCUUCGGGUGCCAUACCUAAGUUCCACUACGGCACACACUACUCCAACUCGGCUGGCGUGCUGCACUAUUUGCUGCGCGUCGAGCCCUUCACCUCGCUGCACAUUGAGCUGCAAAGCGGUCGCUUUGAUGUGGCGGACAGACAAUUCCAUUCCAUACCGCAAACAUGGAAGCUGCUGAUGGACAAUCCCAAUGAUGUCAAGGAGCUUAUACCCGAGUUCUUCUACUUUCCAGAGUUUCUCAAGAAUAUGAACAAUUUUGACUUGGGCCAUCUGCAAAUCACCAAGGAGCAGGUGGACGAUGUUAUUUUACCCACUUGGGCUAACACGCCAGAGGAGUUUAUAGCCAUACAUCGACGUGCGCUGGAGUCGGAGUACGUUAGUCAGCAUUUGCAUCACUGGAUUGAUCUCAUCUUUGGCUACAAGCAAAAGGGACCCAAAGCUGUCGAAGCGCUUAAUGUUUUUUACUACUGCUCCUACGAGGGCGCUGUGGACUUGGAUAAAAUAACAAACCAAAUCGAGCGCGAGGCAGUCGAGGGCAUGAUCAACAACUUUGGCCAAGUGCCCUCGCAGCUGCUGCGUGAGCCGCAUCCACGUCGCCUUACACAUGAGGAAACUGCGCUCAAACUGCUGCGCGCUGAGCUGAAGCGACCUGACUUUACACAAUUCCUGGACAAGGUAGUGCAAUACUACUGCGAGCUUUCCAGCACCAAAGAUCCCAUUGUCUAUCUGAGUGCGCCGCGCAGUCCGCCACGCUCCUUUUUGCAGCUAAGUCCCGAUGUGCUGGUUAGCAUAUCCAAAUCCUGCAUUCUAGGCUGCAACUCUUGGAUGUCGUUCGACAAGGAGCAGGGAUUUCUAUUGGAAAUUGAUGCCACCACAACUAAUUUAAAAAAUCGCAAGCGCAUCUGUGGACCUUUUCACUCCUCGCAGCCGCCACAUUCGCAGCUGUUCGCUGUUAGCACCGAUGGCAAGCUGCUCUAUGCCGGCGGCAUUUGGGACAAUGCGCUGCGCGUCUACAGCCUCAACAAGGGCAAGGUGGUGGCUUCGGUAACACGCCACUUGGACAUUAUCACUUGUCUAGCGCUGGAUAACUGCGGCUCCUAUUUGGUUACAGGCUCACGCGACUGCACGUGCAUUGUGUGGAGCAUACAAGCGAAUCAGCAAAGCGGCGGCUCCAGCUCCAACAUACCAGUGCAUGCGCUAACAGGACAAUCGCAUUUGCAAGCAAUCACACAGCUCAAUACACAAAAUAGUUACUCACCCAAGCCGCUGACUGUGCUCUAUGGCCACGACGAUGCAGUGUCCAGUGUAGCUAUAUACACAGAGCUGGAUUUGGUAGUCUCUGGCUCAUUGGAUGGCACUGUCAAUGUUUAUACGCUGCAGCAAGGACAAUUUGUGCGCACGCUUAAGCCCAUUGGUUGCACCGAGUCCUGUGUGCAAAUUUCUUUUGUUACUGUUUCAUAUCAUGGCCACAUUGCGUUCAGCGCCUUGGACGAUACCUCGCAUUCGGUGCAUGUGUACAGCAUCAAUGGCGCCAGCCUGGGCUCCAAAUACGUAUCCGGACGCGUCACAGGACUGGCCAGCGCCUCCGACUAUCUCGUGGUAGCCGAUGAUGCUGGCGACAUUACCAUGAGUCGCCUGCACGGGCUGAAGCCCGUCUUUGACAUUCCGCUGCACGUGCCCAUUCAGACGGUGGUGGUGACGCCGGGCAACACGCAUAUCCUUGCACCGCUACGUGAUGGACGCCUCGCUGUCGUCGCCGUACAGCUGCCCGUGGCGGGCAGCAAGAAGCAUUCCGUGCUUAAUGUCUAGAUUUAUGUGCAUAGAAAUAGGAACUAGCAACAGCAAAGGAGCAACAGGAACAACAGAAGCCUAUGCAAUGCCCCCCUCAAUUUUUCUUGAUUAUUUUUCACUUAGUCCCUUUGCUAUUUUGUACGCUUUGUUUCUGGCGAAAACCCGUAGGAGUACGACAAAUAUUCUGGGGAAUGAGUAAUUGUAUAUUUUGUCGUGUUUGUCCAAAUCUGUUUUUAUUUAUUUCUAUUUUGAUUUUACGUGCCAAAUGAAAUACCAAACGCAAUACUGAAUACUGAGUAAUUUUUGUUAUUUCUGACCGAUACGUAUUCUUGAGAAUUAAUUCCAACUAGCAGCACUAGGCUAAAGUAGAUCAGCGCGAUAACAUUCCCUUAACAUUAUAUAGAGAGUGAGACGACGAUGACACAUUGGACUUUUAAUAGUUAUCGGGCUCAUGCCUAAGCAUUAAGUAUUCUUCUAUAUACAUUCUUCUAUUCUAUUCUAUUCUAUUUGACUUUUGUCUGUCCGUAUCUGUAUCUGUAUCUGUCUGUCUGUAUUAUGUUAUCUGCGAUUUCAUUCAUUUGCCUUGAUUGGUCAUGGCCAUUUUGUGUUUCCUUCUCAGCGUGGGGCUUGGGGCUUGGGGCUUCGCGCGCGCCUUCCAAUUAGCUUGACAAAUUCGAAUAAAUCAUUUAUCAUUAGGCUUGUGCUGACAUUUUAUAAAUUAGCACAUACGUGCCGUCAUUCACAGCCCGAGUUGACGAGUUGGCGGCAACUGCGAAGUGGACGGAGACGGAGACGUGGUCGGUGACGCUGACGCUGACGGUGACAGCAAACUGGUUGCCGGCAACUGAGCAAGUGGACUGGCUGCUCUGUCGCUCUGUCGCGCUGCCGCGCCAAUUUCCCCCCCGCAGUGCACGCAUUUGCUGUAUGCCCCUCCCCAACCCUCACAGCACAAGUCAAAUGUAUCCACCAUUUCCGUUGCCUCUAGCUCGUUUCUCGAGUAUCUGACUCAUGCGCGACUUUCAAAUUGGCCCCAAAAUCUGCCCGGCAACAGCAGCAAGCAGCAGCAGCAGCAGGCCACAACUGUUUUGGGGGGUCCAGUGUUGCUGCUGCUGCGCGACGAGCGUCGAGUGCCAAGUGAGAAACUUUCGUUGCCAACCAGAUCGAAAAUAAAGUGAUGUGAUGUGAUGUGAUCCAAUCUCUCACACACACACACACACACACUUGCUCACCAUCUCUCUGCCCCUUUCGCUGCAAUGCAAUCUUCAUCGGUUCAUUCCCAAUUGACAACAAGUAUUAUCGUAAAAUUAGAGUCCGUCCACACAGCUAAAAACAAAAGAAAUAAAGCAUUUCAAAGCGAUUUAAAGUUUUGCCAAGAAAUUCCAUUUGCAUGAUUGCCCGUCUUCGUCGCUGUUAGUUUCAUGGAUCGCAGCCAAAGAUUGUGAAACCCUUUCAAACGUAAUUCCAAUGACAAGUGACAAUAUACCAGGCGCAUAGACUUGGUCUUGGUUUGUUUAUGGCCCGCAACUUGUUAUAGCGCACAAUCAGCUCGAGAGUUUUAUAGAGAUUAAUGUACACACACCCCUUUAACCUUCCCCUAAACAAUUACAGACGCUUUAAGCUGAGCAGCACGCAAUACUACUUUAGACUCCAAACACACACACAAUCCUAGUUGUAGAUCCUAGUAACACAUCUAUAUACAGUAAAUACUAAACAUAUGCGUUUCUUCGUUAUUUGUUACAAAAGUGAAAUACUAUCAAUAGCGUUUUUAGAUGAUUGUAAUUGUAACUGUCAAU